GCAGGGUGCCCGCUGCCCAGCAUCACAGUCGAGUACAGGGACAUCCACAUCGAGGCAGAUGCCCUGGUCGGCACAGCUGCAGUUCCCUCUUUGACCAAGGCCGCUUGGGGCUUCAUCAAGGAGGUGCUGAGGAUCACAGAGAUGCGCACCACGCCUCUCAGGUCCCUCGAUAUCAGCGGCAAACUCAGCCCGGGUCGGCUGACUCUGCUGAUGGGCCCACCCCGGAGCGGCAAGUCCCUCUUCAUGCACUUAUUGGCAGGCCGUCUGCAGCGCUCCAAGUUCCUGCGAGUGAAAGGGUCGGUGCUGUACAACGGGCGCCAGCCGAAGGAGUUCAACAUGGCGCGCGCAAUUGCCAUGGUCGACCAGAUUGAUGUGCACACCCCCAUUCUCACCGUGCGCGAGACGCUCGAGUUUGCCCACAUCUGCCAGGAUGGCUUUGAUGACACGUCCACAGACAUCAGCAGCAUGCCCAGCACGCCCCUGAACAGCCUGCCAGAAGAUGAGUUCGAGAUGCUGCUGGCAAAGCAGGUGUGGGGCACGGGGGUGCGCAUGGAGAUAGUUAUGCGUACGCUCGGCCUGGCGCGCGUGGCAGACACCAAGGUAGGGAACGCCCUCGUGCGCGGCGUCAGUGGCGGAGAGCGCAAGCGCGUCACCAGCGCCGAAAUGCUCGUUGGGCCCAAGAAAGUGCUGCUGAUGGACGAGAUCAGCACGGGGCUGGACAGCGCGACCACGUACACGGUGGUGGAGUACUUGCGCAACAUCACGCACCACAUGAACCUCACCACGCUCGUCUCCCUGCUGCAGCCCUCGCCCGAAGUCUACAACUUGUUUGAUGAUGUCCUGCUGCUCACCGACGGGCAGCUGAUGUUCCACGGCCCGGUGCACGAGGCGCUGCCAUUCUUUGCCAGCCUGGGCUUCAACUGCCCCGUGCGCAAGGACCCUGCCAGCUUCCUGCAGGAGGUCACCACCCCCAAAGGCACGCCUCUGCUUUCCCCCUUUCAGCUUUCAUGGAGGCUGACAUGCAGCACCUCGCACAACCUCCAACAGCAGCCACAUCUCUUGAGGAGGGCUGCGCAUUUUGACGGCCACCCGGGCGCGCUGACUAAGCAGGCGUACGCGCUGACGUGGUGGCAGGCGGUGGGCGUGCUGCUGGACCGCCAGUGGAAACUCACCAUACGUGACAGCGCCCUCGCUGAGUCUGCUCUGUGCUGGCAGGUGGUGGUGAUGGCGCUGAUCAUUGGCUCGCUGUUCAGCGGCCAGAAGCCGACGGCGGCCGACGCACGCAACUACUUUGGCGUCUCCUUCCUCUCCAUGAUGUUUCUGUCCAUGGGCGCCAUGCCCGAGAUGGGCAUCACCUUCGCCUCCAAACCGGUGAUAUUCAAGCAGCGGGACAACAGGUUCUUUCCGCCGAGCGCAUAUGCCCUGUCGCUGCUGCUGGUCAGGAUCCCCUUCCAGCUCGUCGAGGCUGCACUGUUCACUCUUGUGGUCUACUUCUGGGUCGGCUUUCACGCUGCGCCCAGCACGUUCUUCACGUUCUACCUGAUCUCCAUCGCGACCAUGCUGCAGAUGUCCGCUGUCUAUCGCCUGCUCGCCUCCGCAUGCCCCAACACCGACAUCGGCACCGCCGCCGGCGGCGUGGUGCUGCUGGUGCUGAUUGUGACGUCGGGCUUCGCCAUCGUUCGCACGGCCAUACCCCCCUGGUGGAUCUGGGCGUACUGGAUCUCCCCAUUUGCCUACGGCCUCCGCGCGAUCGUGAUCAAUGAGAUGACUGCCUCCGCUUGGAGCUACGCUGAUGCCACCACGCCGCCCGGCUCCACUGUGGGCAUCCAGGCGCUCGAGAGCUUCGGCUUCCAGACCGAGCGGAUGUGGAUCUGGAUCGGCAUCGGGUUCAACCUGGGCCUGGCGCUACUCCUGACACUGUGCUCCGGCAUCGCUCUGACUUUCUGCAACCCGGUCAAAAUGCGGCCGACGACCGCCGCGGAUGAGUCAGCCGCAAAGUCGGCUGCGGCCGCCGUGGAAAUUCGCAAGAAGCGCACAGAGCGCUUCAUCAAAUCCGGUGCGCGCAGCUUCUUUUUUGAGCCACCUGCAAGCUCCAAAUGUUUGAUUACAGAACUCCAGUUUCAUGAAAAUAUGGAAUGGCACAAUUCCAGAGCCAUGGUAGGCAUGAAUGUGGUUGGGGAGGAUGGCAAGCGCCAGCGCCUGCAGCUGCUUAAGCCCCUCUCCGGCUCCGCCGUCCCCGGGCAGCUCACCGCGCUCAUGGGCGGCUCUGGCGCCGGCAAGACAACGCUAAUGGACGUGAUAGCUGGGCGCAAGACGCAGGGUGAGAUAAAGGGGCAGAUCCUUGUCAAUGGCUUUCCUAAGGAGCAGAGGAGCUGGGCGCGCGUCGUGGGCUAUGUGGAGCAGAAUGACAUCCACACACCCCAGGUUAUUGUGAGGGAGGCGCUGGAGUUCUCUGCGCGGCUGCGAAUCCCCGAGUCGGCCGGCCGCAAGCAGAUAGAGGAGUUUGUGGACGAGGUGCUGGACAUAGUGGAGCUGACUCCGCUGAGGGGGCAGCUUGUGGGCAUCCCGGGGGUCAGCGGCCUCUCCGUGGAGCAGCGCAAGCGCCUGACCAUCGCCGUCGAACUGGUCGCCAACCCCUCAGUCAUCUUCAUGGACGAGCCCACCUCCGGGCUGGACGCGCGGGCGGCGGCGAUCGUAAUGCAGAGCGUGAAGAACGUGAGCAAGAAUGGACGCACGGUGAUGGUGACUAUCCACCAGCCUUCCAUCGACAUCUUCGAGGCCUUUGACGCCCUUGUGCUCUUGCAGCGGGGUGGCAAGUUGAUAUACUCGGGCCCGCUGGGCGCGGAGAGCAGCGCGCUGAUAGGCUACCUGGAGGCGGUGCCGGGCGUACACCCCAUCCGGGCAGGCGAGAAUCCGGCCACCUGGAUGCUGGAGGUCACCGGCGGCGCGUCCAUCACCGGCAAAUCCGUCGCCGCCGCCGUCGACUUUGCCGAGUACUACAAGGUGAUCCAUGCGCUUCCUGCAGCGAGCCAACUGUGGCGGGACAACGAGGCGCUGAUAGAGGAGCUGGCGAGGCAGGGAGAGGCGGAGGGCGCCAAGCUGGCCCUGAAGGGAACGUUCGCGACGCGGCGCGGGACGCAGUUUGUGGCGCUUGCGCGGAAGUAUCGGCUGAGCUACUGGCGCAGCCCCUCCUACAACCUCACGCGCAUGAUCAUGACGCUCCUCAUCUGCCUCUUCUACGGCACCAUGUUCUACGGCCGCGGACGCCUGCCCACCACCGGCGCCAGGAUUGGGGACGUGCAGAAUGUGAUGGGGGUGCUCUACUCUGCCACCAACUUCCAGGGCAUGUUCAACCUCAUGAACGUGCUGCCAAUCGUGGGCUUUGAGCGUGGGGUCUUCUACAGGGAGCGUGCUGCGCUGAUGUAUGCCAAUCUGCCCUACAUCUCGGCUGUAGCAUUUGUGGAGCUGCCAUAUCUGCUAGCGCAGGUCAUUGUCUUUGUGCCGAUCUGCUACUUCCUCAUUGGGUUCAAGCUCACGGCUUCCGCUUUCUUCUACUUCUUCUUCAUGUUCGUUCUGGACCUGGCCCUCUUCACCUACUUUGGCCAGUUCUUGGUAUUCCUCACACCAAGCCAGGGCCUAGCGCAGAUUCUCGCGACAGCUGUGCAAACCCUGUGGAGCAUUUUCAAUGGCUUCAUGCUGCCAUAUCCGACGAUGCCAAGGGGCUGGAAGUGGCUGAAUCGCAUCAGCCCGGCCACAUGGAUCAUCUACGGCCUGGCAGUGGAUCAAAUGGGGGAGAACCAGGAUCUGCUCAUAACGCCAGAGGGGCAGCGCACUACUGUGUCAGCCUUCCUUGCCUCCUACUUUGGCUACGAGUACAGCUUCAGAUGGCACUGCACUGCAAUCAUCGUUGCCUACAUCUUUGUCUUCCGUGCCGGCUCCAUGCUCUCUGUCAGGCUGCUCAGCUACCAGCGUCGCUGA